CAUACUGCUACACUAGGCAUGUAGGCAGGAAAGUCUCUGGGUCAGCCGCUGGGGAGCCACUCUAGGGAUUCCUUUCCUCGCUAGUAGCUCCGUGGGGCUGAUCGAAGAGUGGCCCAGAUGGCAGCAGCUGCUGAGGGCAGGUGCCAGCCUAGCAACGUCUAAACAACCAGAGUAGAGGAACCCUGAGGUCCGUGAAGAGACGGAAUCUUCCGGAGCCUUGCUUCUUGGGGUUCCCUCAAGUCCCGGUGGAGACCUUUCACUUGCUAGCAAAUACAACAUUGGCAAUGAUGGCUUCUGCAGAGCAGAAGGGUCUUGUCCCCUUCAGCAGAAAGUCCUUGGAACUUAUAAAGCAGCACAUUGCUAAGAAGCACAGUGAGGAAAGUGAAGAGGAUGAUUUAAAGCCAAAUCCUAGCUUGGCUGUUGGCAAAACGCUCCCGCUUAGUUAUGGAAGCCUUUCUGGUGGGAUGGUGUCAGAGCCCUUGGAAGAUGUGGACCCAUAUUACUACAACAGAAAGACUUUCAUGGUGUUGAAUAAAAAUAGAACCAUCUUCAGAUUCAAUGCUGCUUCCAUCUUCUGUACUUUGUCCCCCUUCAGCACUAUUAGAGGAACAACUAUCAAAGUAUUGAUACAUCCUCUUUUCCAACUCUUAAUGUUACUUAGUGUCCUGACUGAUUUUAUAUUCAUGACCAUGAUUAAUUUUCCAGAAUGGGGGCCAAUAGUACAGCAUACCUUGCUUGGAAUUUAUACAUUUGAAAUACUUGUAAAAGUGAUUGCAAGAGGUAUCUGGGCAGGACAUUUUUCUUUCCUUGGGGAUCCUUGGAAUUGGCUUGAUUUCAGUGUGACUUUGUUCGAGAUUGUAACAAGAUUCUCACCUCUAAACAUAACUUACAAGCUUGAGGUUAUAAGAACUUUGAGAAUUUUGAAAGUCAUUCCUUUAAGCCAUGGUCUGAACUCAACGGUAGGGAUUCUGAUCCAUUGUCUGAAGAAACUUGCUGGUGCCAUUGCCCUAACUCUAUUUUUUCUGAGCAUAUUUUCUCUAACUGGGAUGGGUCUCUUUAUGGGCAACCUGAAGCAUAAAUGUUUGUGGUGGCCCCAGGAAAAUGAAAAUGAAACCCUAUACAACAAAACUGGAAACCCACAUUACAUCCCAGAAACAGAAAAUUUUUAUUAUUUGGAAGGAGAAGCAGAUGCUCUACUUUGUGGCAACAGAACGGAUGCAAGUCAGUGUCCUGAAGGAUAUUUGUGUGUAAAAGCUGGCAAAAACCCUGAUCAUGGAUCCUCAAAUUUUGAUAAUUUUGGGUGGGCCUUCCUUGCCCUAUUUCGAUUAAUGGCUCAGGAUUACCCUGAAGCUCUUUAUCAUCAGAUUCUUUAUGCGUCUGGAAAGAUCUAUAUGAUAUUUUUUGUUGUGAUAUCUUUUUGGUUUGCCUUUUAUAUGGCAAGUUUGUUUUUAGGCAUACUUUAUAUGGCCUAUGAAGAAGAAAAACAGAUAGCUUCUGAAAAAACUGAUAUUGAACCACAAUUUCAACAGACAAUAAAAGCUCUUCAAGAAGGAAAUGAAGCCAUUGAGAACAAAAGCACACAAAUAGAAAUGAAGAAAAGAUCACCAGCUUUUAUAAGUGCUUCUGUAGAUACCUUGGAAGAGUCUACAUUUGAACAUAAAGAAGAACUUAAAAAAUCCAAGAAGAAAUGCCCAUUGUGUUGGUAUAGGAUUAUGAAAACUUUUUUUAUCUGGGAUUGUUGUCCCUGUUGGCUAAAAUUGAAAGACUUUUGCCAUCGGAUUGUAAUGAACCCAUUUACUGAUCUUUUCCUUAUCACAUGCAUAAUUUUAAACAUACUUAUUAUAACCAUGGAUCAUUAUCCAAUGAGUGAAGACAUCAUGAAUCUUUUCAGUUAUGGAAGCUUGGUUUUCCUUGGAAUAUUUACAGCAGAAAUGAUUCUUAAAAUAAUUGCCAUGAAUCCAUAUCAAUAUUUCCAAAGAGGAUGGAACAUUUUUGACAGCAUAAUUGUGUUCAUUGGUUUAGUAGAAAUUUUUCUAGCAAGUAUUGAAGGAUUGACUGUAUUGCAAAUUUUCAAGUUGGGGAAAUAUUGGCCAACAUUUCGGAGGCUGCUGGUGACUCUUCAUAACUCAUUCAGGAAUUUAAAAGACACAAUUCUGCUACUCUUGACAUUCAUCUUCUUCUCUACUGUGUUUGGCAUGAAGCUAUUUGGUCAGAGUUACAAAGAUUGUGUCUGCCGCAUAGACAAAGACUGUCAGCUUCCCCGUUGGAAUAUGUAUGACUUCUUCCACUCCUACAUAUUUGUGUUUAGAAUUCUUUGUGGAGAAUGGAUAGAGACCUUGUGGGACUGCAUGGAAGUGGCAGGUCAACCCUCAUGCAUUUGUUUUUACAUGAUGGUUAUUUUGAUUGGAAACUUGUUGAUCCUUUACCUGUUUGUGGGACUUGUGAGUUCAUUUCAUUCAUACCAAGACGCAACAGCUGAGGAGUACAAUGAAGCAAUGAAUGUCCAGCUUGCAGUGGCAAGAAUUAAGAAAGCAAUAACCUAUAUUCUUCUUAAAAUACUGUGCAAGAAGCAAAACCUUCCAAAGAAAACAAUGGACCAUGUAAAUGAUACAUACGUUAAAGAGAAUGCUUCAGAUCACACGCUUUCUGAACUGAGCAAUACUCAAGAUUUCCCCAGAGACACAGAGAAGGAGAAAAGCAGCGAUACAGAGAAAAACACAAUGACUGAAAAUGAGAGUCAGUCUCUUAUCCCUAGUCCCAGUGUCUCUGAGACUGUACCAAUUGCCUCAGGAGAAUCUGACAUAGAAAAUCUAGAUAACAAGGAAAUUCAGAGAAAGUUAGGCCAAGGAGACAGCAAAGGGAAAAUAAAACAAUCUAGCUCAUCUGAAUGCAGUACUGUUGAUAUACCUACCUCUGAAGAAGAGAUGAUAUAUGAACAUGAAAAGUCAAAGCAUCUAAUAACUGAUCGUCGGAGGUCUUCACCUAGUCAAAUAAGUAAAGAAUACAAGAAUGGAAAAAUUUGGCAGAAUAUAAGGAAGACCUGCUGUAAAAUAGUGGAAAACAGCUGGUUCAAGUGUUUCAUUGGCCUUGUCACUCUGCUCAGCUCUGGCACUCUGGCUUUUGAAGAUAUAUAUAUCGAUCAACGGAAGACUAUUAAAAUCUUACUAGAAUAUGCUGACAUGAUCUUCACAUACAUCUUCAUUCUGGAAAUGCUUCUGAAGUGGAUGGCAUAUGGCUUUAAAGCCUAUUUCUCUAAUGGCUGGCACAGGCUGGACUUCAUGGUUGUUAUUGUGUUUUGUCUUAGCCUGAUAGGCAAAACUCAAGAAGAUCUAAAACCACUCGCUUCCAUUAAAUUCCUUCGGGCGCUCAGAGUUCUAUCUCAGUUUGAAAGAAUGAAGGUGGUUGUGAGAACCUUGAUAAAAACAACUCUACCUACUUGGAAUGUGUUUCUGGUAUGCUUCAUAAUCUGGCUGAGUUUUAGUGUCUUGGGAGUCCAGAUUUUUGCUGGCAAAUUCUAUGCAUGCACUGAUCAACUAACUGGAGAAAUACUUCCUGCAUCUGAAGUAUGGAAUAGAAAUCAGUGUGAAAGCCUUGUGUCUAAUGAAUCCUUAUCAUGGAAGAAUGCACAAUUGAACUUCGACAAUGUUGGAAAUGGUUUCCUUUCUCUGCUUCAAGUAGCAACAUUUAAUGGAUGGAUCGAUAUUGUAUACUCAGCAAUUGAUUCUGUUGGUGUAGAAAUGCAGCCUCAUUUUGAAAGCAGCCUCUACAUAUGUUGUUAUUUUAUCAUCUUUGUUGUCUUUGGAGUAUUUGUCCCUCUGAGUAUACUGAUUGGUGUUAUUAUUACUAAUUUCAACAAGCAUAAAAUAAAGCAGGGAGGCUCCAAUAUCUUUAUAACUGCAAAGCAAAAGAAGCAAUAUCGUGAGCUAAAGAGGUUGAUGCAUGAUGACGCCCAAAAACCACUACCGCAUCCAGGAAACAAGUUCCAAGGCUGCAUUUUUGACUUGGUAACAAGUCAUGUUUUCAAUGUCAUCAUCAUGGUUCUUAUCUGUGCCCAAGCAGUGACCAUGAUGAUAGAAAGAGAUGAACAGAGUCCACAAAUGGACACUGCACUCCACUGGAUAAACUCGACCUUCGUCAUCCUGUACACUGUGGAGUUGAUGCUGAAGCUCAUCGCCUUCCACUGCUACUACUUCACAGUUGCAUGGAAUAUUUUGGAUUUUAUGGUGGUCAUUUUCUCCAUUACAGCACUAUUUCUGCCUAUGACAGUAGGGUACUACUUGGUGGCCCCUUCACUUGUGCAGCUGAUACUUCUCUGUCGCAUCGUCCACGUCCUGCGUCUUGGGAAAGGACCAAAGGUAUUCCAUGAUCUGAUGCUCCCUUUGGUGCUGUCCCUCCCAGCCCUGUUGAACAUCUGUCUUCUUAUCUUCCUGGUCAUGUUCAUCUAUGCCAUUUUUGGAAUGUACAACUUUGCCUAUGUUAAAAAAGAAGCUGGAAUUAACGACGUGUCCAACUUUGAAACCUUUGGCAGUAGUAUGAUUUGUCUUUUUCAAGUUACAAUAUUUGCAGGUUGGGAUGGGUUGCUUAAAGCAAUUUUCAACAGUAAAUGGUCUGAUUGUGAUCCUGAAAAAAUUAACCCUGGGACUCAGGUUAAAGGAGAUUGUGGUAACCCUUCUCUUGGGAUUUUCUAUUUUGUCAGUUAUAUUUUCAUAAUAUGGUUGAUCAUUGUUAAUAUGUAUAUUGUUGUGAUCAUGGAAUUUUUAAAUAUUGUUUCUAAGCAAAAAACUAGGAGCUUGAGUGAUGUUGAUUUCAGGAAGUUCUUUCAAGUGUGGGAGAGGUUUGAUCCCGAUAGGACCCAGUAUAUAGACUCCAGCAAGCUUUCCGACUUUGCAGCUGCUCUCGAUCCUCCUCUUUUUAUGGCAAAACCAAACAAGGGACAGCUUGUAGCCAUGGACCUUCCCAUGGCUGUUGGAGACAGAAUUCAUUGCCUCGAUAUCUUGCUUGCUUUUACAAAACGGGUUGUGGGAAAAGAUACAGGGAUGGAGAAAAUCCUUUCAGAGGUAGAAUCAGCAUUUUCACUAUCCAACCCUUUUAAAAUCACAUAUGAACCAAUUACAACUACUUUGAAACGAAAACAAGAGACAGUUUCAGCAACCAUCAUUCAGCGUGCUUAUAAAAAUUAUCGCUUGAGGCAAAAUGACAAAAAUACAUCAGAUAUUUCUAUGAUAGAUGAUGACCAAGUUGUUCAAAACACUAAAGGUGUCUGUCCUGACAAAGCUAAGAAGUCAGCUUUUCAAAGCCAGAUCUAAUCACACUAGGCACCUUUCUGUUUUCUUCAUGGAUCCCAGGGUUUAAAAGCUUAAGUAACAAAACAACGAUGGAAGAAGAGUACAGAUCUCCAUGCCAAACUCACGUUUUUCACCUAUUAUGUUCAGCCCAAUCAACUAUUGGGAAUUACAAUGUAUUAAUUUUGCUACAGGUAGUAAAAUUUACCUCUUGGAAAAUUAACCAGUAGGUUGAAUUUGCCACUUGGAAACCCAAUACUUGUUUUUCUAUCUGGCUUAUUUGAUGUAUGCCUAUUUGGGAGGAUAAGGGGAAAGUGUAGUAAAGAUAAACCUCUUGCUCCUCCUCCUCCUCCUCUUUUUCCAUCAGUUUAUGCUCCUCUUUUUUUUUUCUUGAUGGUAGAAAUCAAUAUUUUAUUAUCCAGAGGCUCCUAGAUUUUCAUCUCUUUGGUUAAUUCUACAUAUGCUCCAAAUCUACAGUUUGAAGGUUGUGGAUUUAUACAAUGAUAAGCAUAAACAAAAACACAAGCUAUGGCCUACAUUUUCCUUAUUUUAUUCUCAUUUACACUCUUUAAAAAUGUAUGUAUUUACCAAAAUUACAUACUAAUAAUACAUUAGUAGACUUGAUUCUUUCCUUAUUAUAAGACUGAUGUAUUUUACCACUUAUUUAUAAUAGAGUAUUGAUUAUAUAAGAUCUGACAAGUGCAUGUCAUAAUGAAUUAGCAGAAUUGGGAGCUUCCAGUAUGUCUAAAGAUUUUCAGGUAUCUUGACUUUCAACUGGGAACUAGUAGCCACUUCAAAGUACCUUUCAUUAUACUAUAUGCUUCUUAUAACUUGUAGAAAAAAGAUCAUUCAAAAUACAAACACUGAAUUAAGACAUAAAGUGUAACUUCUUGUUUUAGAACACCAGUAUAUGUUAAUUAGUUUUUACUUAUUCAUUUACCUUUCUUGACUUUUUUAUUAUAUCUCAUCAUAUAUAAGUAUUAUGUAAAAUAUUUUAUAUUUGAGAAACUUUAAAACCCUAAACCUUAGAUUUUACUAUGAAACUGUUUUUUAGGUUAACUGCAAGUAAUUGUUUUUUGAUUUAUUGACAAAAGUAUUAUCACUUAUAUCUAUGGAGUUUGAGAAUCUAAUACUUAUUCCAUUUGUAUGAAAAUUGAUUUCAAUGUACCUACAAAGUCCUAAAGAUUAAAAAUUAAAUGUAUACUGCUGAUUUAAAUGACAAGUUUUGAAUGCAUUAUAUGACAUUCAACAUCACUUAUGUAUUGGUAAAUGUUUCUUGCUAUGAAUGCAUGAUCUUGAGCCUUAAGUAUUACAAUCUAUUUUUGAACUUCAGAUAUACAAUAGCCUUACCAAGAUGCCUUUGGGGAAUCCCCUAAAUAAAUUUAAUUUCGGAGUUCUAGGGUUUUUUUUUUUUCUCUUAAGUGUUUCUUCCUUUAUCUUCUUAUUCUCCUUUAUGCAAUGAAGAAAGGCUUCAGUGUUAAUUUGGUGAUGUGACAGCUGGUGCUUUACCUAGCCAUUCCAUUUUUGUAUUUUUGGGAAUGGUUUAGUAUGGCAAUUGCUUCAGGUACUGAUUUUAAAUGAUAACAUGCUUCUAUAAGUCCCAUAAAGACCACAUUUCAAUUUUUGUUUGAAAACUAUUGUUUUACUUAUAAAAUGUAUCUGCCAGUAACUUUCCAAGAACUGUAUAAAAUUUAUUUUUAACAAAACAAUAUGAUAUAUUCUACUUUUUAGAUACU